UCACGUUUAAUUAAAGAUGAAUAUCGUAACACACACGCACAGUGUGAGACCCGGUAAUCGUAUAUUCCACCCAACUCGACAAGAGUAGCAGCGAUAGGGCGAAUUAAUGGCGGGAGCUACUCCGUCCUGUGUUUUCUGUGCAAUUGCCGCCAAAUCCACCCCUGACAAUACUCUUCUUCAUUCCGACGAUAAGGUUGUCGCAUUUCAGGACAUUAAUCCUUCCGCUUUCAGGCAUUACUUAGUAGUUCCUGUGGCGCACAUUCCUACUGUUAAAGAUCUUCAGAGAAAACCUGAUGACCAUUCUUUGGUGAAUCACAUGUUAGAGGUGGGAAAAACGUUAUUACUAAGAGAUGCGCCUCAGUCCCAGCAGUACAGAUUUGGCUUUCAUCAGCCUCCACUGAACUCUGUUAACCACCUACACCUGCAUUGUUUGGCGCUACCAUAUACGCCCAGCAGAUGGCGAUCAAUAAAAUACUUAUCUUUUGGACCACUUGGCUUCAUUGAAGCGGAGAAGUUUCUGGAAAAGAUAAAGCCAUCGUCCACAUUUCAAUGAAAAGUAUAAGGCUCUGUUUGAUUUCCAGUUACUCCAAGGUUUAAUUCUUUCUGAUUGAAGAUCUAGGAGGGUCCAUUAAUUCACUGCCAAAUAGUUUGCACUUCAAACAAAUUGAUUCUAGGUAACUUAAAAUUACUGCUUAUAUUAUGUGUCUUUUUCAUUUUUCCAGAAAGAUGGAAUAGAUAGAUUGGAUCUCAUUCAAACUUACCUGUGAUAGAUUUUAUGACAAGCAAAGUUUGUAGCUAUCCUUCUGGAUCUGUUGAUCGUGAUGCCUGAUAUGAUAUAUUGACCUUCUUAUGGUAAGAAUAAUGAUGGCAACUAAUUACUAUACAUUGAAACACUGUCCCUACUGACAGAUUUUUAGCAUAGCUGUCUGACGCCUUUGUUGGAACUUCAGGAUACUGUUGUGGUGAGUUUAGUAAUUGUCAUAAUACGCAUAGGCAAAUUUCUUUGGCUUUCUAUAAGCGCCUGGGAUGGAAGAGUAAAGAGCGAAAGACGCAUCUUGGUCCUUUAUUUACCAGCAGUUCUUUAUUCUUUUGAUACGACCAAGAAGUGCUGUAUCCACGAGUUGGGUUUUAAGUUUGCGAUUCAGAAUCUAAUGGAAUUUAAUUAUUGGGUUUUAUCUCCAGUAUGGCUUACGAUAUUAUGCACGAUAUUUCCACAAUUUGAGAAGAAAAACUAGGAGCUAGAUUCUGUCAA